AUGGCGGCUGUGCAGGACGGAGGGAGCGAGCUGGAGGGCGAGAAGGAGCCGCAGCCCGAGCUCCUGAGCGAUGGCUCCUCGGCGCCGGCCGCGGCUCCGGCCUCCAAGCCGGAGGAACAACAGCAGCAGCAGCAGACCCUGCUGGCCGUGCUGCAGUUCCUCAAGAGGAACAAGCUGAUCGAGUCUGUGGACGCGCUGCGGCGGGAGGCGGGACUGGCGGAGGAGCUGGACGAGGCUCCGGGCAGCGAGGCUGGAGGAGGCGGCGGAGGAACCGCGGCAGGGAUUGGCGACAGCGGGGACGCUAGCUCUCUCCUCAGCCGUGUGGCUGGAGCCGCCCAGAGCGGAGCAGCCUCGGCGCCGGCUAAAGGUGGAGAGGACCAGCCGGACGUCAGCGUCGUUCUUUCAGCGUACAGCCAGCAGGGUGACCCGUCCUUGUAUCAGACCUACUACAGCGGGUUGAAGAAGUUCAUCGAGUCAGUGCUGGACUGUCACAGGGCCGAGCUGUCACAGCUCUUUUAUCCACUCUUUGUGCACAUGUACCUGGAGCUGGUCUACAACAACCAUGAAAAUGAAGCCAAGGCUUUUUUUGAGAAGUUCAGUGGGGACCAGGAAUGUUACUACCAGGACGACUUGCGGGUGCUCUCUGGCCUGACCAAGAAAGAGCAUAUGAAGGGCAACGAGACGCUGCUGGACUUCCGCACCAGCAAAUUUGUGCUGCGCAUCUCCCGUGACUCCUACCAGCUGCUGAAGAGGCACCUGCAGGAGCGGCAGAACAACCAGAUCUGGAACAUCAUCCAGGAACAUCUCUACAUCGAUAUCUUUGAUGGCAUGCCACGCAGCAAGAGCCAGAUAGACAGCAUGUCAGGCAGCCUGGCAGGAGAGGCCAGACGUGAAGCUAAUAAGGCCAAGGUAUUCUACGGGUUGCUGAAGGAACCAGAGAUUGAGGUCCCCCUUGAUGACGAAGAUGAAGAGGCAGAGAAUGAAGAGGGUAAACCAAAGAAGAAGAAGCCCAAGAAGGACAACAUGGGUUCAAAAAGCAAGAAACAGGAUCCUAAUGCACCACAGCAAAACAGGAUUCCUCUUCCGGAGCUGAAGGACUCUGAUAAACUGGAUAAAAUUAUGCACAUGAAAGAGGCCACCAAGAAGAUUCGGCUAGGUCCGGAAACGUUGCCUUCUAUAUGCUUCUACACGUUCCUCAAUGCUUAUCAGGGUCUGACAGCAGUAGACUUCACAGAUGACUCCAGCCUGAUAGCAGGAGGUUUUGCUGAUUCCACAGUGCGCGUGUGGAGCGUCACACCCAAGAAACUUCGCAAAGUCAAAUCAGCAGCGGAUCUCAGUCUGAUAGACAAGGAGUCUGAUGAUGUGCUGGAAAGGAUAAUGGACGAGAAAACAGCCAGCGAGUCCAAGAUCCUGUACGGUCACAGUGGACCAGUGUAUGGCGUCAGCUUCAGUCCUGACAGGAACUACCUGUUGUCCAGCUCUGAGGAUGGCACAGUAAGGCUGUGGAGCUUACAAACAUUCACCUGUUUGGUUGGAUAUAAAGGGCACAACUAUCCAGUGUGGGACACUCAGUUUUCUCCAUACGGUUACUACUUUGUGUCUGGAGGACAUGACAGAGUGGCACGCUUGUGGGCGACUGACCACUACCAGCCGCUGCGCAUGUUUGCUGGACAUCUCGCUGACAUCACCUGCACACGCUUCCACCCCAACUCCAACUACGUGGCCACGGGGUCAGCUGAUCGCACCAUUCGCCUUUGGGAUGUUCUGAAUGGGCACUGCGUCCGCAUUUUCACAGGCCACAAGGGACCUAUUCACUCCCUGGCAUUCUCACCCAACGGGAAGUACCUAGCGUCUGGAUCGACGGAUGGCAGGGUUCUGUUGUGGGACAUCGGCCACGGGCUUAUGAUCGGUGAACUGAAGGGCCACACCGACACAGUCUAUGCUCUUAAGUUCAGCAGAGAUGGCGAGAUUUUAGCUUCAGGCUCCAUGGACAAUACAGUACGGUUGUGGGACGUUUUCAAGGCUUUUGAUGAAGUAGAAACAGAUGACUUUACUGCAGCUACAGGCCACAUUCAUUUACCUGACAACUCACAGGAGUUAUUACUGGGAACAUACCUCACAAAAGCCACACCAGUCAUCCAUCUUCACUUCACCAGACGCAACCUGCUACUGGCUGCCGGUUCAUACAACUCGCAGUGAUGAUGCUGGCGUGGAUCAGUUAUGUGGA